AUGGAAAAGAGCUUUAUUAUGAUUAAGCCAGAUGGCGUCCAGAGAGGCUUGGUAGGAACAAUUAUCAAACGCUUUGAAAAGAAGGGAUAUAAGCUGAUAGCAAUAAAAAUGCUUAAUCCAACUGAAGAAAUAUUGAAAGAACAUUACAAAGAAUUAUCUGAUCAACCCUUUUUUAAAAAUUUAGUAGCAUAUAUAAGUAAAGGACCUGUAGUUGCUAUGGUAUGGGAAGGUGUCGAUAUGGUAAAACAAGGAAGAAAAUUAAUUGGAGAAACCAAUCCUUUAACUAGUAACACAGGUACAAUAAGAGGAGACUUUUGUUUAGAAGUUAGUAAAAAUGUUAUACAUGGAAGUGAUUCAGUAGCUUCAGCUAAUAAAGAAAUUAAUAUAUGGUUUAAAGCAGAAGAAUUAACACAAUGGAAACAUCAUAUGAAAGAAUGGAUCUGUUCAUAA